AUGAAGCUCUUAUCCUGCCUCAUGGCUCUCCUGCUUUUCCUCCCCCAGGCUGUUCCAGGUCCUGGCUUGCCCAGGGACACCUUGCGUUGUUUGGAAUACCACGGCUACUGCUUCCACCUGAAAUCCUGCCCAGAGCCGUUCGCUGCCUUUGGAACCUGCUAUCGGCGCCGCAGGACCUGCUGCCUUGACACGACAUCCAACUUCCACAUCUGCCAAGAUGAGGGGGGCCAUUGUGUGCCCCCAGAAGUCAGAUGUCUGCAAGAGCAAGAGGGACUCUGCCCUCGCAGAGGAUGGAAGUGCUGCACAGAAGUGUGACAAAAACCUCAUGGGACUGCAGAAAACCAUAGGAAUGAACAGUCAAGAAAACAAACAAGUUUUAUUCCAAGUGUUGUAGAUGUGUCUGUUGUUCUCAGCAUGCAAAGUGUGUAAUUGACUAGAGGUGACAUGUAUCUUUAUGUAA